AUAAAAGAAGAAGCAGGAAUUGGCUCAGACGUCGGUGAUUUGUCAUCCAGUGCAACCUUUUAUGCCAACAUGAGUGCUGACGAGAAAGCAAGUCUUCGUUUUGGAAUUCUCAGUAAAAAUCGCGAACCAGCUUCCCUGUUUUCAAUCGGCGAACAAGAUGGAGUACUGAAAGUGAACGGGCGUAUCGAUAGGGAAUUUCUUUGUGAUUAUUCUGGUACUUGUGUGCUGGAAUUCGACGUUGCCAUUCAUUCUGAGUCAUCAUUUUCCAACAUCGCUGGUGUGCAGGUAACCGUUUUGGAUAUAAACGACAAUGAACCGUCCUUCCCGGCAAAUGAAGUGCUCUUGGAGGUGUCCGAAGGAGCUAAAGUUGGUAAAGAAUUCAAAAUCACCGGUGCCGCUGAUAGAGACUCACUCGAAGAAUAUAAAAUUCAAAAAUACGGUUUAACAUUACAAGAGAACAUAUUUUCGUUAACAUCAACUAAAAAUUCUGACGGCAGUUCUGUUAUAAAUCUCCGUCUUGAAACUGCACUGGAUCGGGAAAAGAACGAAAACUAUUCUUUUAAUAUAGUUGCCACUGACGGUGGAAAUCCUCCAAAAUCCGGAACAAUGCGUGUAAAGGUUACAGUAACGGAUGAAAAUGACAAUCCUCCAGUUUUUACGAACAGUACCUAUAUUUUGAACAUAAAGGAGGAUACCCCCAUCAACUUUUCGGUGCUUAAAUUAAAAGCUAUUGACAUGGACGUUGGUCAAAAUGGAAAGGUACGAUACGACUUCAGCCCUUUACAAUCAGCCAAAGGACGAUCUCUUUUCAAUAUCGACGGACUUAGUGGAGAUUUGACAGUAGCAGGUGAUCUAAGCUACGAAGCAGGAACCUCCCAAGAUCUUUACAUUGUAGCCUUGGAUGGAGGCAGUCCUCCACUCAAAACCCAGAAGAAAGUGAGAGUGAACAUUUUGGAUAACGGAAAUAAUCCACCGCGUGUAACAAUGACGACCUUAUCUACUGGAGAAACAGAUGUCAUGGAAAUUCCGGAAUCUGCAACCGUUGGCUUUUUUGUAGCCUUUGUAGAGGUGGAGGAUUCCGACCCAGGCCAAAGUGGACAAUUUGAAUGCACAACCUCGAAUACUUCCAUUUUUAAACUUGAAAUACAGGCCGGUAAAGGAUAUAAAGUGCUAUUAAACACAGUGCUCAAUAGGGAAACACAGGAUUCGUACGACCUUAGGGUUACUUGCACAGACCAAGGCGAACCGCCAAUGAGUUCCACAGCCACAUUGAGCUUGCUCGUGACGGAUGUGAAUGAUAAAACCCCAGUGUUUAGUCAUCGCAUUUACAACGCUACGAUAGCAGAAAAUAAUAGCAUAGGGGAUUUCCUUGUAACUGUGAGAGCAACUGAUGAUGAUAUUGGUGUAAAUGCAGAAAUUGACUAUUCCGUCGCUAAUAAUGACAGGCGAAUAUCAGUUAGUUCUUCUGGUAUUAUUUCUGCUCGUUCUAUAUUUGACAGAGAAGAGGAAUCCAAGAUAAUAUUUACUGUUUUGGCAACUGAUAGAGGUUCAUCGCCAUUAGUAGGUUCCGCUCAAGUUGUCGUCCAUAUUUUAGACAAGAAUGAUAAUCGCCCAGCGUUUGUGAAACCAUUUUAUCAGAUGGACAUUCAAGAAAACGAAGUACCUGGAACCAGUAUCGGUCAGAUCAAAGCUGAAGAUAAGGAUGAUUUACAGAAUGGACAAAUCGAAUACUUUAUGGCCGGUUCUGAAGGUGGUGUGGUUCCGUUCGAGGUCCUUGCCAAUGGAACAGUUAGAUCAACGAAGAUGUUGAACCGUGAACACAACAAUAAGUACACGUUCACUGCAUUGGCAAGGGACAAAGGAUCGAAACCCCUGACAAAUUCUGUGGACGUUAUUGUCACUGUAAAAGACAUUAAUGAUAACAAACCUGUAGUGUUGUUCCCAACCUCAGGCAACCAUACCGUGCUUAUCUCAGCCUUUCCUGAAUCCAAGUCAGUAAUUGGAAAGAUAAUUGCUUAUGAUGAAGACAGUCAGGAAAAUAGCAAAUUACAUUUUAGUAUUGUUGAAGGAAAUGACCAAGGCGUUUUCGAAAUCGGUGAUGAGAGUGGAGAAAUAAUGGUGGUCAAUAAUUGGAAGCUACAAUCCGAUCACAUUUAUGACCUGACAAUUAAAGUUCGUGAUUCGGGCAAUCCAGUUUUAUUUGAUACAACCAAAUUACGUGUUGAAGCUAGCUUUGAUAACAUUACCUUGGGCGAUGCUGUACCAGUAAAAAGUGAUAAAUACAUAGUAAUUGCCGCUACCGUCGCCGGAGCAACUUGUGUGUUAUCGUUGAUCAUAAUUACUGCAAUUUGUUUGGUGCUUCGAGGAGAAAAGAGAAAAGCUACCGCCCAACCA